AUGCCAAACCUCUUAAGGAGACUUCAUAUUACUAGACUGAACAACACUGACAAUACAAAAGGAAAUAAGAGUUCUCCAACAACAACCACAUCGAGCACAUCCAAGACUUCAAUGGAAUAUUAUCAACAAACUCACCCCGGUGAACAAAUUGUUCAUCCUGUAGUUGCACAAGUUCAACCAAGCACAGCAACUGCAAGCGGUACAUCUACCUUAAAUGUAGCUCAACCUGGUGCAGGCACACCAUUGAACCCACCUUCAUUAGCUUCACAGCAAGCAAUUGCUAGUAUUCAAAAAUUACAUCAAAGUGGUGCAGGUGAAGCUAAAGUCACAUCAGCUGCUGAAGAAGCUAUAAAACGAUCAUUAUUACCUCAAAGAUCAACUGUUUCAAAGGGGAAAUAUACCUUGAAUGAUUUCCAUAUUAUGCGAACAUUAGGUACAGGAUCAUUUGGUAGAGUUCAUUUAGUUAGAUCAGUACAUAAUGGAAGAUACUAUGCCAUUAAAGUAUUAAAAAAAGCCCAAGUUGUUAAAAUGAAACAAGUUGAACAUACAAACGAUGAAAGAAGAAUGCUUAAAUUAGUUGAACAUCCAUUUUUAAUUAGAAUGUGGGGUACAUAUCAAGAUGCGAAAAAUUUAUUUAUGGUUAUGGAUUAUAUUGAAGGAGGAGAAUUAUUUUCAUUAUUAAGGAAAUCUCAAAGAUUCCCCAAUCCAGUAGCAAAAUUUUAUGCUGCUGAAGUUACAUUAGCAUUAGAAUAUUUACAUAGUCAUGAUAUCAUAUAUCGUGAUUUAAAACCAGAAAAUAUCUUAUUAGAUAGAAAUGGACAUAUUAAAAUCACCGAUUUUGGAUUUGCUAAAGAAGUAAGUACCGUGACUUGGACCCUUUGUGGUACUCCCGACUAUAUCGCCCCCGAAGUAAUCCAAACCAAACCAUACAACAAAUCAGUCGAUUGGUGGUCAAUGGGUGUAUUAAUAUUUGAAAUGUUGGCAGGAUAUACUCCAUUCUAUGAUACAACCCCCAUGAAAACUUAUGAAAAAAUCUUAUCCGGUAAAAUCCAUUAUCCCAGUUUUAUGUCUCCCGAUGUAAUUGAUUUAUUAUCAAAAUUGAUUACUUCGGAUUUAACCAGAAGAUUAGGGAAUUUAAUUAAUGGUCCGGCUGAUAUUAGAAAUCAUCCUUGGUUUCUGGAAGUUGUUUGGGAGAAGUUGUUAGCUAAAGAUAUUGAAACUCCUUAUGAACCUCCUAUUACUGCCGGAGUGGGGGAUUCUUCUUUGUUUGAUCAUUAUCCUGAAGAACAGUUUGAUUAUGGUAUACAAGGUGAAGAUCCAUAUGCUCAAUAUUUCCUUGAUUUCUAA